AUGCGCCUCCCGGCCGGGCUCCCGCCCCUGCUCCCGCUCCUGCUCCCGCUCCUGCUGCCCCUGCUCCUGCUGCUCCCGCCGCCCGUCCCGGCGGCGCCCGCCCCCGCGCCCUCCCCCGAGCAGGGCUUCCCGCAGCUCGGGCCCCCCGAGCCGCCCGCACCCAACGCCACCGGGGGCCGCCCGCCGCCCGCCGCCUCCAACGGCACCGACGCCCUGCUCACCCGCAUCUCCGGCCUGCUGCGGGACCUGCCCACCCUCAAGGCGGCCGUCAUCGGGGCCUGCGCCUUCACCUCCUUCCUCAUCGCCUGCCUGCUGCUCCGGGUCUUCAGGUCUGGAAAGAGGAUAAAGAAAACCCGGAAAUAUGACAUCAUCACUACACCAGCUGAGCGUGUAGAAAUGGCCCCUUUAAAUGAAGAGGAUGAUGAGGAGGAAGACUCAACAGUGUUUGAUGUCAAAUACAGGUACAUUUACAGGUAAAAUCACCUGGAGCUCCAGCAACGCCAUGGAAAGUCAGUCAGUCACUGAGAGUCCUGCUGAAGUCAGAAGGGUGAAAGGAAAGGAUGGACACUGUCAUCCUUGCACCAUUGAAAUCCAAACAUGGAUUCCCUCCUCCGUGGUCUUAUUUCUAAAUUGUUUGGCAGCAGACAUGCCUGUGCUGAUUGAACUCCUGCACACAUUGUCACCGUUAAGGCCCUCAUUUUCAAACAGCCACACUAGAGCACCCUUUGUCAUUCUCUUGAGUGUCUGUCUGUCCUUCAAAAGCCAUCCUCACCCCUCUACUUUGAAGAGGCUCACGGGAGGGGCGGAGGGUGGAAAUUCUCACUUUCCUCCUUUAAAGCAAGUUUCUGCAAAAGGAAAAAACAAACACCCGCAAAAAUUGCGGACACAAGCAGGGUAUUCUACUGUAAAUUUACUGUUGGAGGGUUGGCUUCUCUGGAUUGCGACUCUCUGGGUUGGAAGGUGUAUUAAUCUGAAGUCAAGCUGCAAUUCCAUGGCCAUAUUCUCCGACUGGUGUAUAUGAUGGAAAUACAGGGUGAAUAGGGGAGAGCUGGAGAAGCCCUGAUACCAGCUUUUUCAGAUUAGUGUGUAGGUGGGGGAGACCUGGGCAUAGAAAAUUAUGAUUACUUGCUACUGACUUCAAUAAUUGCACUAUAACCUCCUAAAAGCAUCCUAUUUCUCCUGCUACAAUGGAGCUGAUCUGGACCUGAAAUGAAGUAGUUCUUGUCAGACUUAUUUUUAAUGCUGGUGUGAGAUUGGCAGAAUUAGGCAAGGUUGGUUCAAAGUCAAUUUUGAAUUUCAAGAAAAACACAACUUCUUUUAUAAUUUCUCCCUGUAGAGGGGAAAUAAAGAGUAUAAGUAGUUUUCGGUUAAUACUAUGGUGAGUGCCAUCUGACGUCUCCUCCUCUCACCACAGCUUUAUUUUAUCUUUCUAUAUAUUUGACAUGUGAUCUUUGGUUUGUUUAAUCUUGAAAAGGAGAUAUUUGGACAGCAGGACAAAAAGGAAUAUGGAUAGAAAUUACUUUUGAAAUAUACUUGGCUGGAUAGAGGAGAGAGUAUUUCUCUGAAUCAAACUGGAAGCAUUCCCAACUCUUGGUGGAUAAAUCUCAUUUUAUGAAAGUAUUCAUAAAUAGAUAUAUGUUUAUCUAUCUCUCUAUAUAAUGUUUUUCUCUUUCUCACAAUCUGGGGUGAUUUGUGUGAAAGUGUGCUUUGAAAAUUAGGUGAUCAUAAUCACCACAGACUGAUGAUCUCAGCACCCAUGAAAUUUAUAUAGGGCUUUUUUGUGCUAAAUUCCCAUGCUUCCUUCAGAGCUGCUAGCUGAGCCACUCUGUGUCAGAGCCAUUCUGUUACUGGGUGGAGAGUUUCCUAAUUACAAGGCCCCUCAUUUGACCUGACAUUAUUUUUCUUGGGUGUCAUCCCAAAGUCUGUUAGCACCAGCUUUUUUUCUUUUUCUUUUUUUUAAUUUUUUUUUUUAAAGCACCUGGGGAUUUUAGUCUUGUCAGAGAGGCUCAUUUUGAUUGGCCCAGUCACUCCAAGGUUUGUAAACAUCUCUUUUCACUUUUGCGAUUGUUUGCUGGUGGGAAGAGAGUGAGAGAACCACUAUUCUUGGAGAUGUUUGACAUCCUGGGGGCUGUGCUGCUAACGUGUUCCCCUAUGGCACCCUCUCUGAGCUGCCUAAGCAUCUCUGGAGUGGGCCUUGGGAUUCUCGCCCUUGCCCUUGGGUCUGUUCAUUGAGGCAAGCCGCCGUCUGUGGAGUGGGCUGGUGGAUUAGAAUCUAGAUUAGAGAAAGGUCCCUGUGAGGGUUUCUCUGAACAUAAUGACACUUAGCAAGUAUUUAGGUGAGACUUCGUAAGUAUUGAAGUGGAUUUGCAGUAAGGGGACUUGCAGUUCACUUUUCCCCAGAACCAGCAUACCCCUUCUGUUGACUUUGUUUGCCAACUCUUUUUUGGCCAUCUACCAGAGGGUGGGGUUAGAAACGGAGAGGGCUAGGAAUGCCGUAAUUCUCUUCAGAAGUUAUCAGGCAGGGUGGGGCCUGAACAAAUGGCACCUUCCUACCUGGCACCUGCUCCCUCUUUACCUUUGAUCUAGGGUUGCUGGCGCAUUCUGUCAUUUUUGAAUGUCCCCUCCCUUCCCCACCUCCACAUCCCUCCUCGACCACCCAAAUCAAAUAGAAGUACUAAAAAAGGUUCUAAACUGGAUUUGACUCUCUUUCUGGGGUCUGGGAUCUAAACAGUGCCCUCUCUGUUGCUUGUGAUAUCAGGAUCUUCAAACCCCAUGGGGAACGUAGGGAGGCAGGCAAAUAAAUCCCACUGGGAUGGAACCUUUCCAGAGAGGCAAGCCAAACAGUCAAGGGAAUGCCUCUGCCAUCAGGAAAGGUACUGACCAUCCACAAUUUAACACUGAGUGGGGAAAGUGACCUUGCAAAGUACCCCUGCGACUCAAGAAUGCUCAGGAGAAUGUUUGAGAACUAGACUGACAGUGGGUUCAAGGGAACACCUUGGCCAUUACAACAGAAACUGUGGAAUCAUGCCAUGGUGAACCCAUUCUCUCAGUGGAAAACUUCUAAAGAGGAAUUUUUGCUUUCCUGAAAAGAAUGCACUCUUUGCUAAUUAUGGUUGGGUGGCUUGCCUUUAUCAUGGCCUGAGUUAAGCUCCCUCUGAGGUAUUGCUGGAGGGAUAUUUCCUAGGUGUGUAUGGAACAAGAAAGGUCAUGAAGGCCAAGAGUUGGUGAGCUUAAGAGAUGGUGAGACUUGGACUGAUUGAGUGGGAUUUAUCUCUCUGCAGAAGGUUUGGGAAACCCAUCUUGGGAGAUCCAUGGGGGCUUCCUAAGCUCCUGAUGCUCCCUGGGAAUUCUUGAAGGAACCCCUACCUUCAAUCAUGGUUGAGAUGGGAAGCCAGUUUGCGAUGUCUAAUUCCUCCUUUUCACAGGAGAGGAAGAAGACAAGAUGUACAGACCCCUCAUGAGAGGUGGGGCCAUACCCUCAUGAGAGGAUGGUGUUCCCCUUUGCUGAGGUGCCUGGAACCCAAGCCGACAUCCUGGCUUUGUCAUGGUGUCAUUUAAACAUUCGCUCACUGGAGCCCACGGUGUUUCCCACCCCGACAGUUUACCUUGUUCAGACUUGAUUAUGCAGUCAUAGAACUCUUUGGGGGAAGGAAGAGGUUGGUUUCCUCCUCAUCACCCUGGGCUUAGUCUAGAAAGGCUAUUCGUGAAUAUCCCUGCCAGUAUUCCUUCUGGAUCUGUGCAGUGGAAAAAAAGCAGUGAUCUUGUGGACCUCUCACCCUGAGAGCACCGGAGAUUAGAGUUUAUUCAUCUGUUUUCUCAUCUGGCAGGAUGGCCAAAAGGGAACCACUACUGGAAAAAUAAUGUCCAAGAACAUAAUGGCACCCAAAAAUGUAGCUCACAAAUAAAAGGUGAUCUUGUUUUUGCCUCUUAUUCCUCUUCCUGUGGGAGGAAAAUAACCUGUAGUGUCAUGAGAAUGUCUCAAAGUGGCAUUAGAAUAUAAUAUACAACCCCCCAAAAGAUUUGGAGGUUCCUCUAGUAACUUUUCCAUCUGACACCCACCUUCUAAACACUGCUAUUUCGAAGAAGAAGAGGCACCAGAAGGAAAGGAGAAGGCGACUCAUGGGAGCAUUAAUCCUGUGGCAAAUGUGAUUCUAUUCAGCAUUCAUGGAGCAGCGAUUGCUUCAGAGUUGCCCAUUACUUUGGCUCUUUGGUUUUUUGAGGAAUCAACAAAGCAGAUUUUGGCUGAAAACAGGAGGUGGCACCUUCAAAGCAAACUCAUAGAGCCUAAAAGUCCUUUGCAGAGCAUAAAAGUAAUCAUAGGGGUUCUUUACAAUGCCAACCUCUAAAGCAUUAUUGGAGCUCCCAGGGCAAACUUUUCCUGGAGCUGAGAAAGUCAGAGUUCACAUGUUGGGUGGCCAGAGAAAGGGGUUGGCGUUACCUAGCCCUAGCCAUUACCUGUUGAAGGAGCUCACCUCUAGCAAGUAUUGAUCUUGCUGAUCCUGGCCCCUUGUUUACCGCAUAAAACAAGCAGUGCUAUUUGUUUCCAGUUAAAGAGAGUUUCUAUCACCUUGAUUUAAAAAAUGCUUAUGGUUUUUAUUUAGCCAAGAGGGUAAGACUCCUUGACGUGAAUCCUCUGAUUGGACAUAUGGUAUGUGAGACUUACAAAAACAAACAAAAAAAUUGGAAAUUGUUGCAUUUUAGUUGGAAGAGAUUGUCGGUGCCUUUGGACAACUGGUCAUUAACCACUCCAGCGAUGGUUAAAAAAAAAAAAUGUUGCUGGCUCCUGUUGCUGCUCUUUUGUGUUGUGUUGUCCUGAGCUAGCUUUGUCAUUCUUGUUUUUUUAAUAAUUUGAAAAUGAGUGGUGCAGAGUAGAGGAGGUACAUUAAUUCCUUGUGAACUGUGUCGUGAAUGUGUGAACCGGCCUAGGAUAUUUUCAUUUCCCUUUGAAAAAUGAUAGAUUAAAUAAAAUGGAGAGAAAAUAGCUCGUUGCCCUCCGGGCUAAAGUGCCUCAGGUCAAGACCACCCAUCCUCCUUUCUCCUGCUGGGGGAAUCUGCUUUUAAAUAAGUUAGGAAAACUGAAGGACCUGCCCUUGAAAUACCCUUAACAGAUAAUGGUUGGUCAGAGGUCAUUUUUCCUCCUUUGGAACUGCAUCACCUUUGCCCUCAGAAUGACCUAAGGCUCCACAGCGGGUCCAGCACAGCCCCUCUUCUGAGGAUCCCCUAGUCUGUACACCUCCUGAGGCAGGAUUGGGUGCUGCCUUAGCCUGAAUUCAGCAGAAUUGUCAGAAUUUAUUGUAAACUGGACUUUGUUGCAUUUUUCUAUAACAUAAAGAUCUCUGGUAAAUGGCUAAACAGAAUCCUGGGGCAAAGAUAAAGCUUUAUGUGCUGUAUUGUAAAUUACUUCUGUAGGGGGGAAAAAAGCCAACUCUUGGUUUCCUCCCCUUCCAGCUCCUUCCCAAACCUACAUGUUUCCUGGCAUCAUCAACAUCAUCACCUGCUGCCAUUUCUCUCAAACGAGAAGGGGAGCUUACAGAUUACACUUUCAUCAUGACAUUUGGUCUUGGCUGAGAGCCAUUUGUUUGAGCCUUGUAGAUUUUUGACUAUGAAUGAACAUGUGGAGGCAUCAUUCCUGCCUGAUUGGUUGACUCAGCUCAACAGACAGCUGCCCCUGCCACUGCCAGCUCAUCUGGACUCUGGAGGGGCCAGGACAUAGGGCAUGAAGGGCCCCAGGCAGAUGUGUGGAUGUAAAGAGGAGCCAGGCUUUGAAAAUUGGACUAUUGGCAUUUGUGGCACUAAAAACAUUUCCCUCCACUAGGUUCUGGCUUCACCAAUGUCGUCUUGUCACAGAGGGUAAGAUUUGAGUAAUGAGAGAGGAAUUUCCCAUGGCAAAAAUAAUUAGGAGAAACAUUUCUUGCCCCAAGCUAAACCAUCCUUUGUGACUAUGAAUUCCUCAAGAAUUGGGAUUCAUUGGUCACUUCAGUUUCCUUUAUAGAUGUUGAAAUUCGUUUGGCUAUUUCCUUUGCUUCAAAUCUAGCAAUGUUUAUUUUGGGUAAAUGAUCCUGUUUUGUAUACAUAAGAGAUGUUGAGAAUAUUGUUAAUAAAAUCUGUUUUGACAGAA